AUGACGACUAGACGAUUUUUCGAUUCUAUUGAAGCUUUGAGACGCUUAGACGAAAUAGAGGAUGACGAUGAAGUCAUUGGUGAAAUGGAAAGUUCAGGCGACGAAGUCGAUGUAUUAGAGGCACAACCUGAGAGCGAAUAUGAGGAGAGCUCAGAUUCAGACGUACCCGGCCCUUCGAAUGCGCCAGCCCGCAAUGUUCGUGGUUCGCAGAGAAGCCGUAGAAGAAGAGCAGUGGCAGGUCGACAGCGAGGAAGAACGAGAACCACAACCCCAUCAGGUCCACAACUAAACUGGCAGAAGGUGGUAAAUCCCCGUGUGAUGCGUCAAUUUUCCGAAAGAAUAGGGGUACAAAAACGAUUUCCCCCCCACACUACAAGUUUGGAUGUCUUUUCACAAUUUAUUACCGCAAAUGUAAUCGCCCUAAUUGUCGAGAUGACAAAUCUCAAUGCCGAGCGGAAGAUUGCAGCUUCUGGAGGCAGCCAGACGUGGAAACCGACGACCGCGGAAGAAGUGAAAGCAUUCCUUGGCCUAAUUAUUAUCAUGGGCCUAAUAAGAAUGCCACAAUUGACCAUGUACUGGCAGAAGAAGAACUGGAUUUUCGACUGGCCCACACCAAACAAAAUAAUACCAAGAGAUCGCUUCAAACUUUUAUGGAAAUACCUUCACUUCUGUGAUGAAUCCAAAUCCCCAUCGCCACAGGACCCACUAAGAGAUAGACUCUAUAAGAUUCGACCACUUCUUGAACUUGUGGAACCCACGUUACUUUCAGUUUAUACCCCAGACAAAUAUAUAGCAAUUGAUGAAUCAAUGAUACCAUUCAAAGGUAGAAUAAGCUUUCGGCAAUUUAUACCCUCAAAACGUGUUAGAUUUGGAAUAAAAGUCUGGGUUUUGGCAGAAUCGAAAACAGGGUAUGUUUCCAAAUUCCAAAUUUAUACUGGCAAGGAUCCACGAGUUCAAGAAGUGGGAUUAGCAUCUAGGGUGGUAUACGAUCUAAUUGAUCCGUUCCUAGAUAAGGGUUACCACCUAUAUGUAGAUAACUUUUAUAUAUCAACAGAACUUUUUAGAAAGUUAUACGAAAACAUUGUUUAUGCAUGUGGUACAAUGCGCUUGGGAAGAAAAAACUUUCCAAGCGAAGUUGUACUUACUAAAAGAACUCAUACAAGAGGUGACAGUGAAUGGACAAUGGCCCACGAGCUUCUCUGUCAAUCGUGGCUUGACAACAGGCCGGUAUAUUUUUUAUCAACAAUUCACAAGCCUGAUUACGAGCCAGAUGUUCCAAUGGAACUCAGAACUGUGAAAAGAAGGGGUGGGCGUGGCAUGCCAUCGCAAGACAUGCCAUGUCCACCUCUUCUACAUGAUUAUAAUAAUUAUAUGGGCGGGGUGGAUUUCAAUGACGCUAUGCGAAAGUACUAUAACAUUGGAAGACGUUCCAAAACAUGGUACAGACGUAUUUUUUUUUACCUAAUCGAAGUAGCGUUACACAACAGUAUCGUGGUGGCGAAGGCUAUUUUGCCUGAAAAUGAAAGGAAAAAAUUCGUGCCAUUAGAAUGGCGAAAAGAUUUGGUCACGAAAUUGUUGGGUGAUUUCAGGACCGUUCGCGUGCCACCACGUCGCUCUAGUGAACAACUUGAACUAAGACUCCAAAAUGUAGGGCUUCAUUUGCCGUCUUGCGAAUCUGCAAGGUUUGCUCUGUGA